AUUCUUACUAUUUAGCUUAGCAACAUAUUAAAUUUUAUUUCUAGAUUUUAAUAGAUCAAUUUACUUUUUUUAAAUUUUUACUCACCGUUUAAUGAAAGUGACAAAUGUUGCUUCUCCUUUAAAUGAAAACUUCUUAGAUGAGCAUUUAAAAAAGAAGGGAUAGCUGUAAACUUUAAACAUUAUAGCAUUUAGUCACGAUUUCAUUAUGAUUAAGCUACCUUAAGAUAAUGUAAGACUUUCAUUUGGUAAAGAGUAUUUCUAUGAAGAUUUUGAAUUCUAUAAGAACAUAACAAACUAUAAAGGAUAAAAAGUUUAACAAGUUCCCAUUAUAAGAUUGUUUGGGGCAAAUAAAUAUGGAUAAAAGUGCUGUUUAAAUGUUCAUAAUUAUUUUCCUUACUUCUAUGUGAAAGCUGAUAGAAUUUCACAUAUUUUUGAAUCUAAAGGUUCCACUUGAUAUAGAGAAAAGUUAGAUUCUUUUUUAUAUGAAUUUUGCUCUAAAGUAGAAGAAUGCUUCUAAAAGGUCUAUUCUUAAUCAAAUGCUAAAAACUAACCAAAUAAAGCCUAAAAGUAUGCAGGAUUUAAAAACUUAUAAUAAAUAGUACACAAAGCUGAAAUAGUAUACAAAAAAGAUUAUUAUGGAUAUCAUGCUUACGAUGAACCUUUUAUCAAGAUAAUUUAUUACAAUCCAAGUCAUGGGAAAAAGAUACAAGAAAUACUCAUAGCAGGAGCAAUUAUGAAUCUAAGAUUCUAAAUUUAUGAUGGUCACAUCAGUUACUUUAUGCAUUUUUAUAGUGAUAACUACAUUUAUGGAAUGAAAGAAGUGUAUGCAAUAAACUAUAAAUUUAGAAAAGAUUUUAGUGAAAACAAUGCUAAUAUUUUUCAAAAGCUUUCUCUUAAUUAAAUUGCUAAAGGAUAAAUGAAAUAAAAUCUUUACAAUUAUGAAUUUGAUCUCUUGGAAAUAUACGAAGAGUUUCCUGAAUACUUUUCUAGGUAAUAGAAAUCUUCGACUUGUUAUAUAGAAGCAGAUGUUGAAAGUAAAAAUCUGAUUAAUUUUAUUUAUCACUGUGAUAAAGAUAAAGAAGAUGAUGAAAGCAGUGAUGAUGAAGCUAAUUAAAGUUAAAAAAAUAACUUUUAAAUGCUUUCUUUAGAUAAAAAUCCUUUUCUUAAAUACACUCAUUUUGAAAGAGGGAAGGUUCUUAGUUUUGAAAUAACUGUGCAAAUCACAAAAGCCAUUAAAGAAUUGUGGUUGGAAGAAAAUAGAAGAAGAUAAAUUUUUUAAAUAAACUCCCCUAACACAAUACGAAUUUCUCUAGAAAAUAACAUUGAGGGAUCAUUAGAAUUUAGGACAGGUAGAUGUGAUAUAUACAAUUCUGUAAAUCACAUGAAUGAUGAAAAAGUUAGGAAAUAGUUUAACCAACACAUUUUACAGUAUUUCUAAAAGUCGCAAACUAAAUUGAAAGACCCUGAUGAAAUUUUCUUAAACUUGAAUGUGAUUUAGAAUUUUUUCAAGCAAAAAUAGAAUUAAAAAAAUGAAAUUUAUUCUAAAGUAGUUAGUAGAUUUGAAGAUUACAAAACUAGGAAAAAAGGUAUUUUGGAAAUGCUCCUUUAGCAAAAUGAUGAAGAAGCCGAAGAUAAAUAUCUUAAAAAGUAGCUUGAUAAGCAAUCAAUAGACUUUGAGGUGUAUAUGGGUGAUGGAGAUGAAGAUCCUGAAGUGUGCUUAUCAGAUAAAGAAGAGGAAGAAGAAAAAGAAAUGAUAGACCUAGAAGAUAUCUUAAAAGAUAAUUAGCUAUUAAAAUCUAGUACAGAGAAUAAAAAUGCUUUUGAUGUGAUAUAAUCAAAUGCAAUGAAAAAACCAAAUCAUGUUGCUUUCUGGAGAAAUCGCUACAAAGUCGAUAAAAAUAAUUUGAAGUAGAACGUUGAUUCUAUUUUUGAUGUAUGUAAAUACUGUAACUAACCUGUUCAUAUUUGUCGAUGCUAGGUUGAAAUUAAUAAAUCACUUAAAGAUAAACCAUUUUUAUUUCCUGAGGAAACUUUUUUUGAAUAGCCUAUAAACAGCAAUUAGCUUUAUUUUGAAACCUUUUAAUUUACAUAUUCGAAGAAACCACCUCCUUUUGAAGCUAUUGUCAAAAAUUUUUAAUAAUCAAACUCAUUCUUUGAGCAUCAAUACCCUUAUUACGAAAAUAUGGUUGAUUUAUUUGAUCACUAUCAAAUGAAAAAUAAAAAUGUAGUCAACAAGCUAUAAUAAGCUCAAAUCUUAAGUCAUGGAUUGAUAAAAGCUCCUAUAAAUAAACUAUAUGCAUGUGAUAUUAAAAAUGAAUUAAAAUUACCUAAAUUUUUCAGGAUAUAUUUAACUGAUGACUAUGAAUCGUUUAAAAUAUCAAUGUAUGAUAAUAAAUAAACGUUCAAAUAUCAAUAGCAACCACCUUCAUAUUAAUAAAUCUUAAAAGAUUUUUAGAAUUAAACUCCUCAAUAACCUAGUCGACUUACUGAUGAGUUUAACAUUAUUUCACCAUUCAAAGAUAAAUCUCCAAUAAAAACUAGAAAUUCUUUAAAUCAAAAAUCACCAAUUUAAAACAAAUUUGUCGGAGAUAUAACACUAAUGCUCGUAGAAAUAUUUGCAAGAAGUUCACCUCACAAACUGCCUAAUCCUGCCACUGAUUCAGUUGAUGCCUUAUUUUUUAGUAUUUACAAUGGAAAAUUCGAUGUUUCUCCUCGAUACUUUAACAGUGAAGAAUAAAAAGCAAUUCAAGGAAUGAUAAUAGUAGAUCCUAUAAAUUUUAGCUAUUUGUAAGAGAAUGAAGUUAACUUCAAAGCAUUUUAUUAAACAAACGAAAAUAUCAGUGAAAUUAUAGUUGUAGAAAACGAAGAAGACUUAAUUUAGGUAUUUAUAAUUAUUACCUAAAAAAUAGAUCCAGAUAUAUUUGGUGGAUGGGAUAUGGAAAAGAGUUCUUUAAAUUAUUUAGGCUAAAGAUGCUAAAUACUUGGUAUUUAACUAUUCGAAUUAUUAAGUAGAUGCCCUUCAAAUAUCAAUAAAUUAAUUUAAGUAUUACAAUUUAAUUCUUUUCAAACUUAGAAUGAUGAAUUUUCUGUUUUUUCAAAUGAUACUCUAAACUUUAAUUCUUCAUUGUCUAGCUUCAGUCAACUUAAUUAAAGUUUUUAGAGUGAUUCUUUACCUGAUUAAUCUCCUAUACCAAAUGAAGGUUAGUAAGUAGACAGUAAAUAAAAAGGAAGAUUAAGAAUAAACAGCUUAGAUUUAUAUUAAAGUACUAGCAUAAGCUCAUCUAUUUCUAUAAAACCUUCUAAAAUGAAAAGAACACUUUCUGCUGAUAGUUAAGUUUUAGUUUCUAUCCCUGAAUUAAAUCAAGAGCAUUAAGUUAAAUUUUUUGCUGCUGAAAAUGAAGAAACUGAAGAAGAUCCUUAAAAAGAAAUUUUAACAAGCUAAAAUUCAAAUUCCUUAAGCUCUUCAAUUUCAAAACACAUUUAAUCAAAGUAAAAAAAUAAAGUUUUUGAAAUGGAUUUAUCUUCACCUUCAUUCCAUUCUUCAAAUAAAUCUUAAAAUUAGCAUUUUUCAUAAAAAUCAUAAUUUUCAUAGUAGGGAAUGCUCUACUAAGGUACUCAAUAUAGCUUUAUCCAAACAUCACACUCUAAAAAGAAGGAAUUUGAUUUAAAUUCACAGAAAAAGUUUGAUGUAAAUUUAAAAGAAGAUUCUAAAAUGAGCAAAAAAACUUAAUCUAAUCAGAGUUCAAUAAAACAACAAAAUGAUCCUUAAUCUGCUUAAUAAAAAGAAAAUAUCAAAGAAUUACGAAGAGGUUAACUUUACCAUAAUUUAAAUUUAAAAAUAAGAGGAAGAAUCAUUUGGAAUAUUUGGAGAUUAUGUAGAGAUAAAUUAAAAUUAACUAAUUUUGAUGCAGAAAAUGUGUAUUACGAAUUAUUUUAAAUAAGAAAUCCAGUUUAUAGCAACUGGACACUUACUAAAUGGUUUAAUAGUGAAUCAGCUAAACAUAAGACCCUAGUAUUUGACUACUACUUUAAUAAAUUAAAAAUUAAUCAAAUAGUCCUAGAUAAACUUGAUAUAAUAUAAAGAACUACAUCUUCUGCUCGCCUUUAUGGAUGCGAUUUCGAGAGCAUUAUAACAAGAGGAUCUUAAUUUAGGGUAGAAGGUGUUUUAGUUAGAGUAACUAAAUAAUACGGAUAUUUGAUGCUUUCUGCAAGUAGAAUGCAAGUUGCUUCUUAAAAAAUACUUGAGUGUAUGCCUUUGGUCAUGGAGCCUCCGAAAAUGCUUUUUGUUGAUCCUGUUAUUGUUAUGGAUUUUCAAUCUCUUUACCCUUCAGUAAUGAUUGCUUAUAAUUAUUGUUAUUCUACCUGUUUGGGAAAUAUUAAUGAACAGUUUAAUAAUGGAGGAAGCGGAAGACUCGGUGUUAACUAAGAUGCACACUUAAAAUUUGAAUAAUUAUUUGGAAAAGAUAGAAAAUUUAAUCCUAAAGAUAUGGAUCAAUACCAUCAAGACAUAUUUAUAGCCCCAAAUAAAGUAGCUUAUGUUAGAAAAACUAUAAGGGAAGGAAUUCUACCAUAAAUAUUGCACGAAUUCCUACUCACAAGAAUUAUGAUUAAAAAAUCAGCUGGAUUUUAUAAGGACGAUAAAUAUUUAAGCAAAUUACUUGAUGCUUAAUAGUAGUCUAUAAAACUUUUUAUGUGCGUUGUUUAUGGAUAUACUGGAGCAUCUUUUUCAGGUAGAAUGCCUUCUGUAGAUAUAGCAGAUUCUAUUGUUGAGACAGGAAGAUAUCUUUUAAACCAAGUGUGCGAAUACAUUAAUAGCAAUAAAGACUGGUAUGCAAAAGUUGUAUAUGGUGAUACAGACUCAGUAUUUGUUUUACUUAAAGGUAGAAGUGUGGAAGAAGCCUUUAGGAUAGGUAAAGAGAUAGCAGAAUCGAUUACAAAGUAAUAUCCUUAUCCGAUAGAACUAAAAUUUGAAAAAGUAUUUAGAGAAUUAAUUUUAGUUUCAAAAAAGAGAUAUGUUGGAUAUAAAAUGGAAAAAAUUACUGAUAAGCCUGAAUUUUUGGCAAAAGGCAUUGAAAUAGUAAGAAGAGAUGGUUGUGAUGCAGUUGUUAAAUUAAUGAAAAAAAGUUUAAACAUUCUUUUUGAAACAAAAAAUUUAUCCAAAUUAAAAAAUUACUUGAAUAAACAAUGGGCAAAGAUACUUCAUGGUCAUGUUAAUUUUAAAGAUUUUUGUAUUGCAAAAGAAGUUAAGUUAGGAAAAUACAAAGAAGAUAGAGUACCUGCACAUGGUAUAGUAGGAUUAAAAAUAACGGAAUAAGAUUAAUUAGCAAAACCUAAGUAUGGAGAAAGAGUUAAAUAUCUGGUAGUACAAGGUGAGCAAAAAAGUAAAGUAAAAGACUUGGUUGUAUCAGUUCCAGAGUUUUUCAAUAAAUUUAAUCAUCAAAUGAAUAGCUUGUAUUACAUAAACAGAUAAAUUAAUUCAUCCAUAGGAAGAUUGUUUUCAACUUUUGAUGUGGAUAUAAAGGAUUGGUUUUUCAAUAUGCCAAAAGGCAAGAUUAAAGUGAAUUUCCUAAAAAAUCAUUAAUUUAUUCAACAAAGAUAAAGCAAGACCUAAGAUUUAAGAAGUCAGUUGCAUAUAGAAAACUACUAUCGAUUAGAAGUAUGCAUAAUUUGUUAUGAAAGAUGCUCUGAAGAUAUUUGUAAUUCAUGUCUUUCUGAUAUACCUACUCUUUCAUACUUACUUAGUCAUAAAUAGCAAAUAAUACAUUCAUAGUAUUAAGAAAUUGAAAGAAAGUGCAAAAACUGUAGUUCAUUAGAAAAUAAAGAAAUUGAAGAAGUUCCUUGUGUUGAGUAUAAUUGUCCAUAUUUAUAUGCAAAAAAAUAUUCUAAAGAUAAUCUUGACUACCUCAGCAAGAUUAUUUCUAAAUAUUUAAACAUAAUCAACGAAUCAUUUUGAAUCAAACUUACUUUUAAAAUAUUAAAAAUCUAAUAAUUAUGUUCAUUAGAAUAAUUUAUUAAUUAAAUUAUUUGCUGAAAAAGUUAAGAAAGUCUUAAUAAAAUACAUUUAUAAUUAAAAAAUUAGUAAAAAAUAUUUAAAUUUAAAACACAAAAAACUUAUUUCCAA